AUGGCUGAGCCUCUGAACCAAUCGAGCUGGGAGGAAGUUAACGACACCUUGACGAACGGCUCGGCCGUGUCUUUAAACAUCAAGUCCCGCCAUGUGGUCACUUCGGCCAGCAUGUUCGCCGUGGGGGUGGUGGGCAACCUCAUUGCCAUCGUGGUGCUCUGUGUCUCCAAGAAAGAGCAGAAGGAGACCACCUUCUACACGCUGGUGUGCGGGCUGGCGGUGACUGACUUGUUGGGGACCUGCUGCACCAGCCCGGUGGUGAUAGCCACCUACCUGACCCAGCAGUGGCCGGGGGGAGAGCCGCUCUGCCACUUCUUCUCCUUCUCCAUGCUCUUCUUCGGCUCGGCGGGCAUGACCAUCCUGUGCACCAUGUCCAUCGAGCGCUACCUGGCCAUCAACCACGCUUUCCUCUACAGCCAGUACAUCGACAGGGCUCUGGCCAGACUGGCCCUGAUGGGCGCCUACCUGCUCAACCUGGUCUUCUGCAUCCUGCCCUUCUUCGGGCUGGGCAGUAACGUUCGGCAUUUCCCCGGGACCUGGUGCUUCCUGGAUUGGCGAGCCAACAGCACGCUGUCCGCCUCCUACACCUACAUCUACGGGGGAUUCAGCGCUUUCCUGAUCCUGGUGACCGUCCUCUGCAACCUGUCCGUCUGUGUCACCCUGGUCAGCAUGAGGAAGAGGGCCGUGGGGAGGGGGGAGGCUGCGGCCACAGGCAGCUCUAGAGGUCGCCGCUUCCCCAACCUGGCAGCCUCCGCCGCUGAGAUGCAGAUGUUCUGGCUGUUGGUCCUUAUGACCAUCGUCUUCCUGGUCUGCUCAAUCCCACUGGUGAUACGCAUUUUUGUGAAUCAGCUGUAUGGCCCUGCACAGAUCCGGGUGGGUGAGAAACUGGACUACCGUGGCGACCUCCUGGCCAUCCGUUUUGCCUCAUUCAAUCCAAUCCUGGAUCCCUGGGUGUACAUCCUCUGCCGCAAAAAGCUUCUUACAAUGGGGUGCGAGCGGCUGAAACGAACGGUGGGUGCUGCAAGGGAUGGCCAGACACGCAGGGUGGGUUGGACAAGUGGCCAGCAUACGCCACUCUCAUAUGCCAACAGUAUUACCACCAGCUAUGCCUCACUACAAGGAAAAGACGAAGGCAAAGUGUUGCAUGGGGCAGCCGACCACAGAGCUGGUGCUAUGACUCAUUCGUUCACAGACUUCACAAAUCAGCAAGUGACUCCUGCACUGCCACUUCUGAGUGGACACAUGCAGAAGGUAUACCUGUGGGACAAUUAUGGACAGUCAAACAGCAAACAUCACAGCAUUAAAGGCGAUGCACAUGUCUUUAUUGGGCAAAUCAUCUGUGUGUCCAAAAUGCCAAACAAAGACAAAGACUUGCAGUGGCUCCUCGGAGAGCUGACAACCAAUUUGAUUGGUCAGCAGCUCUGCAGUCCCAGCAGCACCAAUGCCAACAGUGGUCAGGACUGA